GGGGCGAGCUCCAAGAGCUGAGCACGCGCACAAAAGGUACAACUUGCCCUUCCGGUCACAGCAAAAGCUCGUUAGAAACCCAUAAAUACGCACUGCGUGAAUAAAUACAAUUAGAACAAUGCAUCAGGGGCAGGCGCAUGCUCCAAGCCAAAGUGUGAUGCACCCACUAGCUGCCGGUCAAACAAGUCAAUCCAAGCCCAAUCUGCUCGUACACAAAGCAAAUUUAAGAGGAUGCGGCUAGAGCUUCCGGGGCCGGUCCCACUGUCGCUCCGCAGUGGCCCGCUCUCUCUGUUGCGUGAACGGUCCCAAGGCUGCUCAGAGAACGUACAGAAUCCAAAUGACCACGAGGCGCCCCGGAGUCGGAGCCCUCGCAUCCUCCAGCCGCUCCGGUCUGUUCUGGGUCUUGCCAGCCACCUCCACCCGGCGCUGCCUCUCACUAAGUCUUGCCGUGUCCCAGGCUUCACACCCAGCACAGAGCCCAGUUCAGGGCUUGAACUCACAACACUGAGAUCAAGACCAGGGCUGAGAUUGAGAGUUAGAUGCUUAACCAACUGAGCCACCCAGUGGCUUUGGAAUUGGAUAAUGUGUGGAGACUCGAAGAAUCUUGAGGUUCAUGAUAGAAAAAGCCCAAAAUGCCUUACCUCACUGUUGCAGAAACAGACAUAUGAAAGGCUGCUCGUGGUAAGGGCUCAGAAGGAGGAACACGUCAAGAACAACUGGAAGAAGGUCGUGUCCAGAGAGAGGACGAGUUGCCCCAACAUAGGCUGGGAGCUGCAGGGACCUCCCUGGCCAGAACUUGGCGUGAACCAUUGGUGGAGAGUCCCCUGGAAGAGGUGACACUUCCCAGCUUCCCUUUGUGGCCCCUGACUUGACCUGAUGGCACAGGGACAGAGACCAGUGCUUGCUUUUCAGAUGGAUUGCUAUACGGGGGUGACAGGCACCAUCUACGAGUACGGUGCCCUCACGCUCAGUGACGGGGACUACAUCCAGUUCAAGCAGUACGCGGGCAAGGUCGUCCUCUUCGUCAACGUGGCCUCCUACUGUGGCUUGACAGCUCAGUAUCCUGAACUGAACGCACUUCAGGACGAGCUGAAGCACUAUGGCGUGGUCGUGCUGGGCUUUCCCUGCAACCAGUUUGGAAAACAAGAACCGGGAAAGAACUCAGAGAUCCUUUCCGGGCUCAAGUAUGUGCGUCCAGGUGGCGGCUUCGUCCCCAGCUUUCAGCUCUUUGAGAAAGGGGAUGUGAAUGGAGAAAACGAACAGAAGGUCUUUACCUUCCUGAAGAACUCCUGCCCUCCGACCUCGGAUCUUUUGGGCUCACCAGACCAGCUGUUCUGGGAGCCUAUGAAGGUCCAUGACAUCCGCUGGAACUUUGAGAAGUUCCUGGUGGGGCCCAACGGGGUCCCUGUCAUGCGCUGGUUCCACAAGGCUCCCAUCAGCACCGUCAGAUCGGACAUCCUGGAGUACCUGAAGCAGCUAUAAACCAAGUAGAAAGGCCCAGAGGCCGUCAGAAAAAGCCACCU